GAUUUCAACCCCCUCAAAACUUUGUAAGCGGAGAGUGAAAUGCGAAAACAAUGGCGCUGCUUCUCAACCUAAGCUCGCCGUCCCCAACCUCAUUUCAGUCCACUCGUCACCUCCCCACUACUCGCUCCCGCCAAAAUGAAGCUGCCCAAGAGUGGUCGUCUCUGCUCCACAACCUCAACUCUCACGGCAGAUUCUCCUGCCUUUUCUCAGGCAAUCGCAGAGAGGACCAGGCACGGAAAGCAUUAGAAGGUGCCCUGGGUGGAAAGAAAGAUGAAUUUGAGAAAUGGGACAAAGAGAUUAAAAGAAGAGAGGAGGUGGGUGGAGGCAGUACUGGUGGCGGAGGGGGUUGGUUUGGGUGGGGGAGACGCUUUGGCUGGUCCAAUGAUGAUGAUUUCUGGCAAGAAGCACAACAGGCAGGUCUUGCUGUCUUAGGCAUUUUUCUGAUGUAUCUCAUUCUUGUGAAAGGAGAGCUGAUGCUUGCUGUCGUCCUCAAUCCACUAUUGUAUGUCUUGCGAGGGACAAGAAACAGCUUCACUUCCAUUACUAACAAAAUCUUAAGGAGGACAGAUGUUCAUGGUGAUUUUGAUAGCAUGUCAAAGAAAGAAGCACACAGUCGUGUCUCCGCUAAAGAGAGUGUUAUUAGAAAAUGGGGAAGCGAGUGACACUUUUCUUCCAGGUUCGAGAUCCCAUCCAACACACUGAGAACUGGUCUCUCUUUUUGUAUCCUAUGUGUUCUGAAUGAAUUCCAUAAACAUUUUUGAACUGCUAGAAAUUGCUCAGCUUAGAUAUUUCAUGUUCUAUCUUUGUAGUGCCUAGCAUUUUGCCUGUUGCUGAUGCUGAUUUGGGGGUUAUUAAGGACCACAUUAUCUUGAAUCAAAGAUAGAUUUCAAAUACUUAUUGUCACAGUCUUCUCCAUAUAAAGGUAACAGUGACAUAGUUUCUUA